GCUUGUUGCCUCGAGGUAGCCCGGCAUCGUGCUCACAUUUCGCACUAGAAUGCGUGAUUGCAUGGAUUCCGGUGACAAUGUUGUGAGGCAGGCUUUUGCUGCAAUUGUAAGUAGGAAGGAAGGAGUGUGUGUGUGUGUGUGUGCAGAGUUCCGAUUUGUCCACUGGAUUAGGGUUUCGAACCUUGAGUUGGAGCAGGAGCUGGAGUUGGUGAAAUGGCGAGGACAUGGCGAGCGCGGGCGAUGCAGGUGCAGAUGGCCAGGGCGCUCACUACUUGCCUCUUUGGAGCUCGCGUAUUCGCGCCUCGAAAUUCCUUCACUGCAACAGGCGGUGAAGUUCUGAGCUGGAAUUGGAGAAGCUUAAGUACAUCUGCAUUGCAGCAUACAGGUGGUCUCCAGGUCUGCGUUGUUGGGAGUGGCCCUGCCGGGUUUUACACUGCUGAGAAGGUGCUGAAACGUUUUGAAAGAGCGAAGGUGGACAUUUUGGAUAGGUUGCCCACUCCCUUUGGGUUGGUUCGCUCUGGAGUGGCUCCCGAUCAUCCAGAGACCAAGGUCGUCACCAACCAAUUUUCUCGAGUGGCAGUGAGCGAUCGGUGUUCCUAUUUCGGGAAUGUCACACUUGGUACCGAUGUUUCUCUUGAGGAGCUGCGUAUGUUGUAUGACGUGGUCGUUCUUGCGUAUGGAGCAGAGAGUGACCGUAAAUUAGGAGUCCCUGGAGAGGAGCUGGUAGGCGUACAUGCAGCAAGAGAGUUUGUCUGGUGGUAUAAUGGUCAUCCUGAUCAAGUCAACUUGCAACCAGAUCUUCAAUCUUCAGAUACUGCGGUUGUACUCGGUCAGGGAAAUGUAGCUCUGGAUUGUGCCCGAAUACUGCUGCGCUCCACAGAAGAGCUGGCUACCACAGAUAUUGCCGAACAUGCUCUUGUCCAACUACGGGAGAGUCGGAUCAGGCGUGUCGUGUUAGUGGGUCGUCGUGGACCUGUACAGGCUGCUUGCACUGCGAAGGAGUUGCGCGAGAUUAUGGGUAUUAAAGGGCUGUCUGUGAAAGUGCGUGCUUGUGAUCUUGCCCUUUCACCUGCUGACCUGGAGGAGAUGAAGGCCAGUCGGAGUCACAAACGUGUCUAUGAGCUCCUAGUAAAAGCCGCUGGAUCGAAGUUGCCUGUCCACAAUGGCAGCGGAGGCCGGGAGCUUCUCUUUGUGUUUUACAGAAAUCCUGCGGAAAUACUAUCAUCGGAUGAUGGCGCUCGAGUUGCAGGCGUCAAAUUGGAGAAGACCGUACUGCAAGGGGAGAAGGAUAAACCUCAACGAGCAGUUGGUACUGGGGAAUUUGAGGAAGUAUCGUGCGGAUUGGUUUUGAAGAGCAUUGGUUACAAGUCAAUUCCUAUUCCUGGUCUGACUUUUGAUCACCGUCAAGGUUUAGUUCCCAACUCAAAAGGUCGUGUGCUGAGAAGCGUAGAGGAAGGGUCUAGCUUUGUGGCAGGGCUGUUUGUUGUGGGUUGGCUGAAAAGGGGGCCCACUGGGAUCAUUGGGACCAAUCUCAUUGACGCUGAUGAAACGGUUGAAAGCAUAGUCGAAGAUUGGACGUCUGGAGGCUUAGGUUCUCAGUCCAGCUCGUGCCCUCCAGGAAGCCGAGGGCUUCAGGAGUUGUUGGAGGAAAGAUGCAUUUCUAUCGUUACGUUUGAUGAUUGGUUGAAGAUUCAUUCAGCUGAGGUAGCGCUUGGUUCAGAAAAGGGAAAACCCCAAGAGAAAAUAAUUUGUAGAGAAGAAAUGCUUAGCAUUGCUAAACAGGUCUCUUCUCAAACCCCGUGAUAAUAUUUUCAUGAUAUAAUUCCCGACCAUCUGAUACAGUUUGUCAUUCAGGCACGAAUAAAUUCUGAAGCUUUAGUAUACUACCUGAAGUUGGUAACCUUGGUAUGAUCUGUGUUAGUGGACAAUAACAUGUUUAACUUGUUCAUACCGCCGUUUGUGGCACAAUCAGAAACUUACUUUCACUUUAAAA